AUGCCCAACAACAAUUUGGUUUUCAUUCAUCAUACCUAUGUUGUUCCUGCAUCAAGAACAGAUACAAAUCAGUGCAGAUCAGAUCAGCACAGAUCAAAUAACAAACUGAAUGGCAGCAUUGAUCCUUUAUGUAGUUCAACUUCAUUGCUUUCUUUUGAUGUGACUAACAAUGAAUUUGAUCAUGACAUUCCACCCCACUUGGGGAAUUCAUCUUUGCUUGAAAGGCUAAGGCUAGGAAGCAACCGUUUUACCGGGGAAAUCCCUCCAACAUUCAGGCUCAUAAGCGAAUUAUCCUUAUUAGAUCUUUCAAGGAAUUCGCUUUCGGGUUUUAUACCCUUUGAACUUUCCUUUUGCAAGAGACUUUCUCAUCUUGAUCUAAAUGGAAACCAUCUCACAGGAAAAAUCCCAACAUGGUUUGGGAGUUUGCCUCAGUUGGGUGAACUUAAACUGUCCUCAAACUCAUUUUUUGGUCCUUUACCACCUCAAUUUUUCAACUGUUCUAAACUCCUUGUCCUUUCUUUAGAGGACAAUCAUUUGAAUGGUACCCUUCCAACAGAAAUUGGUGAUCUUAAUGCUCUGACUGUUCUUAAACUUAGUAAAAACCAAAUUUCUGAAUGGUGUAUGCAGGAAGGUGAUGAUGAAGCAGAUUCUGCGAAAUGCACUCAGGAGUAUGAUGACUAUGAUGACUCAGAAGACGAAGAACCUUUCAUAUUAGAGACUUUUUUGGUCGUUGUGAAAAUUCUUAUCUAUGUAAGGAUUGACCUCGGUAAGAUGCUGCAACACACAAAGAUGUCUGCUAGAACGGGUACCUUGGUUCCUCCCGAUCCCGAUCUUGGUAAGACUCUUCGACAACUCAAAAAGAAACAACAGAAGAAGAAGCAGUCAGGGUCUCAAAACUCACAGACUCCACUGAGUUACACGAUGUCUAAAUCCCUGAAAUCAUAUGGGGUGCCUUCCUCGAGCAGUGUUCCGACUGGGCUCACUAUGCCAACUUUUGAGGAAAUCAACUUUGAGAUUAAGCCCUCUCUAAUCUCCAUGGUCUCACAAAAUCAAUAUGGUGGCCAUCCAUCUGAGGAACCCACCAACCAUCUGCAGAGGUUCAACCAACUAUGUGGUUAUGAUUUCCUUGCUAAUCUUGUUGCCAAUCACUAUAGCUUCACUAGAACCACAUCUAAAAGGGGCAAGAUGGACGUUGAUUCUUAUGCUCUAUUAUCCUCACAAGUGGCAGCCUUGAACCUAAAGAUCGAUGCUUUGAAGGCCCCUCAGUCUGGUACUCCCCCAAUGAGUAUCAAUGCUAUGUCUAGUGUAGCUCCAGUGACAACUUCUUACUGCGAAGUAUGUGGUAUCCAAGGUCACUUUGGUCAUGAGUGCUCUUAUAGUCCGCAGGAUACCACGCGAAUGAAGCAAGUGAAUUCUUUUGAACAGAGGCAACCCGAUGAACCAUAUUCCAAAUCAUACAAUCCAGGUUGGAGGAAUCUUUUAAAUUUCUCAUAUCGGAGCAACAAUGCUCAAAAUCCUCAACCCCGACAACAGUGGUCACAACCAUAG